UUUAUUAUGUUGCACCAUGACAAGCAAGACAAGCGUUGCGUUUUUAUUGAAUUGUUCUGGAAAAUAGGGUUGUGGUGUGAUCUGACUUUUUAGAUUUUCGCCCUAAAAAUCAUGCCUUCUUUUUGUCAACAAUAUCUCUCGAAACGAAAUAGAACACGCUUGGCUUGGUCCUGAUGAAACUGACUGACAAGGCUGAUAUUGUGGUAAUAUUCAACAGAGAGAGUACAAGAUCUCCCCAUCCGCAUUGCCGAAUUGACUUGGCUCAAUUGUCUAGGCUACUGUGUUUGUAUACAAGGUCCUACAUCACAGCCAACUGAUUAGACUGCCUGGCGCCUCCUUGAAAGCCUACAGUUUUCCUGAAAGACUUCUAAAUGAUCCAUCUGGCAGGAGACAACGGUAACUAGCAUAUUGUUGGUAUUGAGCUCCACUAGGAUCAACCAUGUUUGGAAAUCUCUUCAAUGAGGAUAGCCAGAUGGUAGGGCCAGAUAACUUGACAACAUCCUCUAUACCAGCGCCUCCUGCCCACAGAGCUGAAUGUCACUUAGCUGGAAUUGAUAACCUUGGAGCCACGUGCUACCUCAACUCACUUUUGCAGACUUUACUGUAUACACCUGAAUUCAGAGAAAAACUCUUUGGGCUGUCAGAAAGAGAUCUUGGCAGGUUGCAAGACAAGGACAAUCCUGGAGCCAGGGUGCGUGUGAUUCCCCUCCAGCUCCAGCGUCUGUUCUCCCAGCUCUUGUUGAGUGACCAGCAGAGUGUCAGCACAAUACAACUGACCAACAGCUUUGGCUGGACAAACCAUGAGGAGUUUCAACAGCAUGAUGUGCAGGAGUUAAACCGCAUUCUGUUCAGUGCCAUCGAGGACUCACUGAUGGGCACCGAAGGACAGAACAUCAUUCAAGAACUCUACCACGGCACCAUUGUCAACCAGAUAAUAUGUUCGAAGUGCAAGAAGGUCAGCGAACGAGAGGAAGACUUUCUUGACUUGACACUGGCUAUUGCCGGUCUGUCCGGUUUGGAGUCUGCUCUCAAUCAGUGUUAUCGUCAGGUGGAAGUGAUGGAUGGACGCAACCAGUACCGCUGUGAGACCUGCGGCACCUACACAGAUGCUACAAAGGGGGCUAAGUUGCGGAAGCUGCCGACUGUUCUUACAGUCUCCUUGUUGAGGUUCAGCUACGACUUUGUCAAAAUGUCACGCUACAAGGAAAACGGCCGGUUUACAUUCCCCAUGGAACUAGAUAUGAAGCCAUAUUCUGAGAAGGAGGUAUGCGCCAACUCUGAUGGUAUUUAUGAGCUCUUCUCAGUGGUGGUCCAUCGUGGGGGAGCGUAUGGAGGACAUUACUUUGCCUACAUCCGGGAUAUUGACAGCCUUGGCCACUGGGAUUUACAGAAUGAAGUGGCUGCACAACCUAAGGCCGACCCUCAAGGGACUGGAUUGGAUGUUAUAGAAUGUCAGUCUCCUGUAGAUUUGGUGGAGAACAUUUUGGGCCAAGAGUCUCAUGGCUCCAUGUCGAUUGACAGGCUCUGUGCGGAAAUUUCCAAGACCACAGGUGUGUCGUGGAACAAACGCUUCAGGAAGACUUAUGGGCCCAUCAACAAGUUCUUGAAAUCAUGCAGUUCAUUUGACUACAAUGGGGACUCCAAUUGGGUGAGCCUUCGUAAUACUGAGCAAAAUGACUCAGGAGAUUCUCAGACUACAGACAAGCAAAACAAGACUGGAGAAGAGGAAGAGAAAAAGAUUGAGGAUAAUUUGAAGAAGGGUGAAAACAGAGCUCCCCCAUCAACAAAGGACAAAAGACCUUCUUCUCCAGAACCUGAGCCGGGCCACAGGUGGUUUUCCUUCAAUGAUUCUCGCGUGUCCCCGAUCAGCACACAUGAUAUAGAGAAACAAUUCUCUGGCAAAGAGAGUGCGUACAUGCUGUUCUACAGACUGAAGUCUCUAAACAGGCCUACAGAAGGGGCAGGGGACAGGGCUUUCAAUGUUCCAGAUGUUUUGGUGAAGGAGGUAGAGGAACUGAACAAGUCUCUGGAGGCACAGAGGCAAGAGUAUGAGGCAGCUAUCAACAGAGUCAGCCUGAAGAUUUACCAUCAAGAAGAUUUUCGCUAUGAUGGUGUGCUGCGCUCUAAAUCAUCUACUAACUGUGAAACUGAGCAUUUUGUGAUAGAUAUAGACCGUCGGAGCAGUCUGGGUCAGUUGCGCAUGGAGAUAAUGCAGAGAUUGGAGUCAAAGCCAGAUUAUGCGAUGCAUGACUUUUCCUUGCACAGACUGAAACCUUGCUGUGGCGGGUAUCAUCUGUUUGAAGAAUUUGAGGAUGAGAGUUCCAGUCUUCAGGACCUGGGCUUAUCCGCAGACUCUGGUUUGUUUGUAUGGAAUGGAGCUGUGAUAAAUGAGGAGUUUGUGGCUACCGGCGAGGCGUGUGAGCCAAUUUUCCUGACUGUGCGGGAUUCUGACAUACAAAGACUGUUGGCUCAGGUAGUGCUGGCUAAGAACAAAAGUCUGCUGGACCUGUACAAGGUGGUGGUGUCUGCCACCGACCUGGAGCUCAGGGAGAUGAAGCUCAGUCAUCUCAGCGAGUUGGGAGAUAAUGGAAAUCACACUCUGAGGGCUCUGCCUCUAAGCGAUACUGUGAGUUUGGCAGAGUCAGGUCUGGGCAAUGGCAGUGUGUUACUUGCUGGACCUAUCGAUGACAGUGAGGCUGGCACACAACCUCAGAAGGAACAAGAAACUGAAGCUUGCCAGGGCAACAGAUUACCUAUGGAGCCUGAGUGGUCUAUCACUCUGCAGGAGCGACUGGAGCGACUGGCUGGGAACCUAGGUCAAGUAACCUGUAGAACUGCAGUGGCCCGCACAAGACCUUCUGUGAGUGUGAAGGAUUUCAAAGUCCAGGCUAUGAAUCUUCUCCAAGUGCAUGCAGUGUCAACAGAAACAGUCAGAUUGAGAGAAGACCAUCGCAGUCUAGGACUAAAACCUCCAUUACGUGAAGGUCUCAGCUUACAAGAUUGUGGUCUUUCUGAUGGUGCCUGUGUUGUUCUGGAAAGUGGGAGGCCACCACAGGACACAGAGAUGACAAUCAGUGUGAAUAAGGUGGAGAAUGGCAAGCUGAUGUCUAAGCAUGAGUUUCUGGUGGACAGAGCGCUGACUGUGCAGAGCCUGCUUCAAGCAGCGUGUCAGCUCAUGGACUGUGAAGGAAACCAGUGGUAUCUGAGCAAGACGGACGUGUAUGGCGACCCGUCUGAGGCCUUGGAGAAUCUGGAUGUUUCUCUGCUGGACUUGCUGAUCAAUGACGGGGACACAUUGGUGCUGCAGCCAGGUGUGCUGGUCAAGAAGGACGAGGUGUGCCUGACUGUGCUGCUGGUGAUGGAAGAAGCAGGAAAUUUUGGCCAAGAGAUGGGCUCAGGGGACAGGCCAGGUUGUGUCUCAUCUCUUAACCGACAGGAGGAGGAGGACAAAAUUAUGUUGGAACUGGCCAGCAGGUUGUCCGUGAAGGAUCACGUCCCCAGAAAAGAUCUCAAUCCUCUGAAUGUUUGUUUGUGCCCAGCUUUUCAACAGCUCUUUGAAAAUCCAUUGGUGGUGCCAAAAGCAACUGGUGUGGAGAGAUUGAAGGAAGAGUUGCUGUCUACACCACAAUUCCAGGACCUGCGGAUUCCAACCCUCAACUUUAUGCGCCUCAGAGUCAUUGAGAAUAACAGACUGAAGGGGGUGAUCCGAAAUUCCUCACAAACACUCAGGCAUGCCAACUCUAAAGAAGGUGUCCAUCUAGCUAUACAGAUUCUGAAAAAAGAGGAAACUUUGGGCCUACAUGAAAUCUUACUGAUGGUGGCACAGAAGAUCAGCGGUUCUCGCAUCUACAUGCCAGCACAAGAGUUUGUGUGGAACAGCUCUGCUGGAGUCGGGGCUGGAGAUCUGAAGAAAGCCGUGGCAUCGCGGUUCGAACUGCCUCUCCAUGAUAUACUGUUGGCGAAAUAUAACCCUGACACCUGUGUGUGGACAGUGCUGCGUGAUAUGCCACAGAAAACUGUAAAGAACAAGGGCAAGAAACGUGGAAAUCAUAAGACCAACAUCCGCCAAGCCCCAUAUUACGUGCAAGACGGAGAUCUCGUCGGUAUCAAGAUUCUGUCUGGUGAUAAAGGCUUCCUAGAUGCGGAUGAUUUUUCCACACAGGAAGAUAUUGAGAAACGACUGAUUCUACAACAGAUUGUUGAAGAGAAGAAGAGAAUGCGUGAAGAGAGAAAAAAGAUGCAAGCUUUUGAUGGAUUCCCAUCCCAUCGGCGUCCAGAAGUUCCCUUGACUAUCAAAGUGGACAAGUUUUCCUGACCAUGAUCUUGAAGUCAACUUUCUAAAGCCCACUAAAAACAAAAUAAUUAUUUUGUGCAGUGUUAUACUAGCCGCAACAUGUCUUUCAGAUGCUCUUGUCUUUCUGGGAAUGCAGGACUGUCAUACAGUUUACCUCAUUGUUACAGUUUUCUCUCUUUAAUAUCAGAGUCUUUGAAGGAGUUUUGACUUUUUUUUUUCACCAAGAGCUUUUUUAUACGUAUUUUAACACCUUCAUUGCCAGGUCUGCUGUCCUGUAGAACAAUCCAGGCCAGUCUUGGGCGUGGCGUGAUAAGAGAACUCAUGUUAUGUU